ACAUACUUCCUACAUUGUGAUCAACUCUAUCGGUCACACUACCAGUAAAAUGAGUGCAACUCGUAUUAUUUUUCGAAACAAAAUGACAGAAAAGGGUAGAAUGUAAGAAAGAUGCGUAUGGGAAGGUUUCAAUAUGUUCCAUGCUUGAACAAGUUGUCUGUUUAAGAUGGGAAAGAAACCUUUCUGGUUUUGGAAUUUGGUAGAUUCGCUCUUUUGGUUCUUAGCAUUUUGUCCUCGUUGUGAUUCGCAUUCACGGCGUUCAUCUUUUUUGCUGAAAAGGGCAGGUGGGAUUGUAAGCACCGGUUUCUGUGGAAGGUGGAAACUUUCUACAAUCUGAACCGGUCCUUACUCAAGAGGGCGUACUCGAAACAGCUAAUUCCUUGUCCUUUGAAGAUAUUCUGGCCCAGAUUGCUUCUGAGCCAGAGUACUUUUUGUCUAACAUCGACCAUUGUAGUUUUCUGAGUUGGUUAAUUUUACUAGUAGUGAGAUUCACAAUGGGGUCUACUUAAGAAAACAUUGACCCCGAGUGAUGCGAUUGGUUUUUCCCCCACCACCACAAUGGUCGAACGAGUCUCCCUUCGUUCCAUUUUGCCCCGUCCUAGGCCCGACUUCGGCCUUUGAAGGAUCUACAUACUCCUUCCUAUCAUUUAUCAGCAUGCUUUAGAGAACUCCCUCAAAGCAAUCGCGCCUGCGUAAUCUCCGGAAGUCACCUCCUCGAGCACGGACCUAUGUGUCCAGAUGAUCGUACCGCGCGCGCGCAAAACGACAGGAUCACUGCAUUCGAUUGGAUUAGCUUCGCGAUCGAAUGCUCAAAGAGUGGGAACAGUCAGAAAGAAAGGACGAAAAGGAGGACUUGGCACAUAGCAAUGGAUGACGCUGGCCCCGGUCCUUUCGGGUGCGCUGUUUGGUUGAGAGUCGAGCAAACAAAUUUGACUCCCUUUGAUCACGUUAACGACAAAUGACGUGAGGACGGCGUUGAGCAUUAGAAGCAUUAGAAGCAUUCCUUGACAAGUCCAAGUGGGCGGCUCUUGCUGCGGAAGGUUUUCUUGGCCCCAUUUUGCUUGUGACUGUUGAUACGAAGAAGAUGCUCGCUUCCAUUGAAGACGGUACACGGCUUCACCUCCCCGACACGGCUUAAUCGGUUGAAGAAUCAACUCAACUACCCCCGAUUACCAAUAGAAGACUCCCCAACAAGGAGAUCCAUUUCUUUCCAAGUUAACCAUUAAGUCUUCUCUCUCGAAAGUAGGUUGACUCCUCCAAGGCUGAAGUCAACUGACAAACUCAGCAAUGCUUAACCCUUAUCUUCUCGUCGUUGCCGCCGCCUUCUUCUUCUUAACAUUUCCUGCAUCUUCCGCUUCCGUCGAUCAGCAGUAUGUCGACUGUGGGCGCCAGUUCAGCUGCGGGAACAUCCAGAACGCGAGCUAUCCUUUCUGGGGUAGUCCUCUGCCCUUCUACUGCGGGCUACCGGAAUUCAAGCUCCUCUGCGAGGACGAAGUCACGACCAUAGAAAUCGCGUCGCAGAAGUAUCGGGUCCUCGAGAUCGACCACGACAAUCACGUCCUGAAGCUCUCGAGAUCAGACUUUUACGAUAAUAUAUGCCCCCCAAAGAUCGUCAACACCACCAUGAGCUACCUUUUCAUAUAUACUAGCCAAUUUGGUAACCUCACGCUGUUCUACAACUGCUCGUCCAUGAACACAUCUAUUGCCUCCGGCAAAUUCAGUUGUUAUGGAAACGAUGCAUACAAUGAGAGCAACUAUUACACAAUCGGUCCUGCUUUGAGUGGUGGAGGAUUCGGUUCUUGCCAUGCCAGUGAGACUAUUCCGGUUCUUCCGACAGCAUCAGAAAUCCUGAUGGAGAAUAAGACAUCCUCGCUUGGUGAAGUGAUCAGAGAAGGAUUCAAGGUCCAGUGGGUCGUGGAUGACACGGCGUGCACUGAAUGCCGGAGCUCCGGCGGACGAUGUGGAUACAACACGAGCUUUUUCCAUCCCAUCUGCUUCUGUCCCGAUCGGCCUUAUCUAUUAAGAUGUCCCUCCGGAUCAGGAUCCAAGUUGAGCUUGGAAGCUGGGGUUCUCAUAGGUGCGAUAAUGCUUGGACUCGGAAGUAUAGUCGGGACGAUAUUCCUCGUCCAUCGCUUGAUGAGAAAAUCGAUGUCGGAUAGUGUAAUUUUCUUCUGGAAGAAGAAAUCAUCGGGCACCAACAGAGUGGAGGCGUUCCUAGAGAAAUGUGGAGGCUUCGCCCCGAGAAGGUACAGUUACAAAGAUGUCCAGAAAAUGACCAACUCCCUCAGAGAUAAGCUAGGUCAGGGAGGCUAUGGCAGUGUGUACAAAGGAGAACUACCCGAUGGCUCUCUAGUGGCAGUGAAGAUAUUGUCCGAGUCUAAAGGCGAUGGGGAAGAAUUUCUCAAUGAAGUCGCCAGCAUCAGCCGAACUUCGCACGUAAACAUCGUUACUCUACUCGGGUUCUGUUCCGAGGGGUCAAAACGGGCUCUUGUUUACGAGUUCAUGCCUAAUGGAUCACUGGAAAAGUAUAUAUUUGCAGAGGGUCAGGCAAUGGAUGUUGAUCGACUAGAGUGGGAGAAAAUCUACCAAAUUGCCAUUGGUGUCGCCCAUGGCCUGGAGUACCUGCACAGAGGAUGCAACUCGAGAAUACUUCAUCUUGACAUCAAGCCGCAAAACAUCCUUCUUGACCAAGAUUACUGCCCUAAAAUCUCUGAUUUUGGUCUUUCAAAGCUGAGCAACAGGAAAGAGAGCGCUAUGUCUAUGAUGGGCGCCCGAGGAACCGUGGGGUACAUAGCUCCAGAAGUCUUCUCGAGAAAUUUUGGAGUAGUUUCAGACAAGUCCGAUGUCUACAGCUUUGGGAUGAUGAUCCUAGAAAUGGUGGGUGGAAGAAGAAACAUCGAGGCUGGACUUACAAACAGCAGCGAAGUUUAUUUUCCGCACUGGGUGCACAGCCAAAUGAUGUUGAAGGAGGAUCUGAAACUGCAAUGGAAUGUGAAUGAAACAGGAAAAGAAGCAGCGAAAAAGAUGAUCCAGGUAGGUCUAUGGUGUAUCCAGACGUGUCCGGGGAACCGGCCAUCGAUGGAUAGGGUGGUCAAUAUGUUAGAGAGAAGGCAUGAAGCUCUCCAAGUGCCACCUAAACCCUUUCCUUCUUCUCCUCCUGCACCGCACAUCAAUCCUGCAACAUCUGCUUCUCUUCAUUCAUCGCAAGGCAGUACAAACCUUCCUUCACAUUAUUCACAAGACUAGGAAGGCAAUCAAUUGCAGAUAAGCUAACCAUUGUUCAAAACUUCUGUUUCAGUGAUAUACAUAAAGUGGCCGGUUCAGCUAGAAGAUAAUCAUAUUCUUCAUUCUUAGGAAGAUUAAGAACACUUGAUGUAAAAGGUUGGCACCUUAUUGAUGAUUCAUGUGCUGGUGCGUAAGAAGACUGCAAUAUUAUUAUACCACAUAAAACUGCAUCUGCAGCUUCAGUCCGCGCUCUCUUUGUGAAA